AAAACGAAACCUUUCAAGAGCCCGUCGGGUUCAGUCUAGCCAAGUUUUUUUUUUUUCCUUACUGGUUUCCCAUUCCCAGCAACAACGCUUUUGACUUUGAGCUUCUAUCUCUGUGGCACCCCUCUCUUAACGCAUUCGUAGCCUUUUGAGAUUGGAGAUAGACAAAAGCAAUAGCAAUAGCAACAAAGCAACCCCCUCACCCUCCAAAAAAGCUACGGUUCUGUAGUCUUUCUUUUUUCCCUUUUUUUUUCCCGCAAUCCAUCUCCUAAAGUAACUGCAGAUGUUGCCACGCCAAUCCUUGUCGCCGAACGCGCAGAAAUCCGAUUUGCACCAGCCCAAGGCCAAAAACCAACCCCAGGGUCAGCUGGCUGCGCUUUUACACGGCAAGUUGGAUUACGAGUACGAUAUGAUGGGAUCACCGAGCAGCGGUGCAGCAGGAGGACCAAGUCGCACGGGUUUGUUUCCUGAUGAUCAGUACUACAAUCGGUCAAGUAGCGCUCCACCGACACAAGUGCUGGCACAACGUGCAAACAACAACUCCAGCACGUCCAUGGAUGGCUUUGCGAACCCGGCAGACCCACGGCACGAUCCGGAAUAUUUGAAAUAUUACCAUGAGCAUUCGAGACUUGAUCCACGCCUACCUCCGCCCGCCUAUGAACCGGGCCAGUCGUGGCAGCUUUGGAAGGAUAGUGAAAUGUCCGCCUCUCAUCAGCAAGGCUAUGGCAGUAAUGGAAAGCAUUUUCGAGCAGCUGAUACAAAUGAUAUCAGCGCAUCAGCAACAGCAGGACCUUCAUCCGGUGCUAGUCGACGCAACAGAAAUCUUGUAGAUCUGAUUCAAGAGGAUUUCCCGCGUACUCCAUCCCCUAUGUAUGCACUUCAACAGCAACAACAACAGCAGCAGCAACAUCAAGCACGACUACGCAAUGCCGCCACGGGAUCGACGACACCCCUCGAUGCGGACGAAAGUAGCAACGAUAUGGACAAUAUGUUGCACCUGAAUGGUAUGAGUGGUUAUGAUGGUUUGUUCUCAGGGCAAAAUCGGGAUCCAUCGUAUACCACGUUGUCACCAUUUCAACAACAGCGACCAGUGAUGGAGGAUAACAUGAACGAUCACAUACCGUCAACGCUUCAAAUGUCUAUGGAUGAUGGCUCUGGGCACCAUCAUCAGCAACAGCAUCACCAUCGUGGAGGACCUAGUGGGGCACGUGUUCAUGCAUUACGUGCUAUUUCCCCGCCGCUGCAGAGCAAAUUCUCCACACCACCACCUGCUCGUUCGAACUCUACGCCUCCCGGUCGUCAUCUCGGCAAGUACGAUGAGCUAGACUAUGCCAAUAUGGGUUCUGAUGAGGAACUUAUGGCUAGACAAUUUGCCGCAUUUGGUUUGCGGGAUAAGCCUGACGACGCGAAUGUAAUGGAGCAAGCACGUUUUCUGCAACAACAAGCUGUUCAACUGCAACAACAACAACAUCAGCAGCAUCAACAAACUGGAUACUACGAUGAAGCACUAUAUAACGAUACUGCUCAAAUAUAUCAGCAACUUCAGCAAUUACAACAAUUCUCAAGACCGUCUUCUGCACACGAUCAUACGAGCGAGUCAUCAGAUACCAGAGAUAGUUUGGGCGGAACGCCCGUAUUUGACCCUAAUUAUUCACGUUGGCCAGCCACGAGUAGUGGUGGCAGCAGCAGCGGCAGCAACAGACCAGCACCCGGUGUACCAUCUUCGAGAUUUGGCGGUAACCCGAAUAGCGGAGGAAUGAUGGAUAUGGGUUUCAAUGAUCCGGCUUUGCCAGACAUGACGGACAAGAAGCUGCGUGCUCUUCAGAUGCAGCAACAACAGAUUCUUAUCCAGCAACAGCAACAGCAACUCCUGGCUGCUAGACAACAGCUAUUGCUACAGCAACAAAUGCAGAAUUUCGGUGCUCAUCAACAUGCCGGACGCUCAAGAGCUGCAGCAGCAGCAGCAGCAGCAGCGGCACUUGCGCAACAGGAUACUUUACGACCAGCACAACCCACACCGCAAGAUAUGACUUUGAGUAUCCGCAGUCCUUUGCUUGAAGAAUUCAGAAAUUCCAAGAGCAAAAAGUAUGAACUCAAGGAUAUUGCUGGCCAUAUUGUCGAAUUUAGCGGUGAUCAGCAUGGAUCUAGGUUCAUCCAGCAAAAAUUGGAAACGGCCAACAGCGAAGAAAAGCAAAUGGUGUUUGAAGAAGUCUUACCAAAUGCGCUUCAACUGAUGACAGAUGUCUUUGGCAACUAUGUGCUGCAAAAGUUCUUUGAGCAUGGCAAUCAAGCCCAAAAGACAAUUCUGGCCAAGCAAAUGGAAGGUCAUGUGGUUUCACUGUCGCUGCAAAUGUAUGGUUGCAGAGUUGUACAAAAGGCUUUGGAACAUGUUUUGACGGAACAACAAGCACGCCUUGUCAGUGAACUUAACGGAUGCGUGCUGAAAUGUAUCAAGGACCAAAACGGUAACCAUGUCAUACAAAAGGCAAUAGAGCGUGUGCCUGCUAAGCAUAUUCAAUUCAUUAUUGACGGAUUCCAUGGCCAAGUAUAUAACCUGGCGACGCACCCCUACGGAUGCCGCGUGAUCCAACGCAUGUUUGAACAUUGUACAGAAAAUCAAACUAGUCCUCUCCUCGAUGAACUUGACCGAUGUACUGGUCAGCUUGUGCAAGACCAAUAUGGAAACUAUGUUAUCCAACAUAUACUCGAACGCGGCAAGCCUGACGACAAGGCCUCUAUUAUUAAUAAGAUUCGUGGCCAAGUGCUGCACCUCAGCAAACACAAGUUUGCCAGCAAUGUCGUGGAGAAAUGCGUUGAUUAUGGCUCCAAGGAGGAGCGCCAAGCACUGAUCGAAGAGGUUUUGCAGAACCGCCCGGAUGGCUCGUGCCCUCUCGUUAUUAUGAUGAAGGACCAGUACGCCAACUAUGUUGUACAGAAAAUGCUAGAUGUCGUCGACGACGGCCAGCGCGGAUUAUUGGUGAGCAAGAUCAAGCCGCAUAUGCAAUCCUUGAAGCGCUAUACAUAUGGACGUCACCUUCUUUUGAAGGUUGAAAAGAUAUUACCACUUGUCGAACAAGACAACGGCAGCAACGGUGUUAGUGGUGGUGAUGAGGCAGCUACUACCACUACUUUUACCACUAUUACUACUACUGAUGCGGAUACAGAUGCGGAUGCGGAUGCGGAUGCAGCCAGUACCGCUGCAACUGUUCAUACUAUUGCUCGUAGUACUACUACUACCAGUACCGAGACUGCCUAAGAGAAUCGUGGACAUAAUGCUGAUUAGGGUCAUUGGCCUUGUUAUCAUUUUUGUAUAUAGAUAUAGGCCUUUCUUUGAAAGGAUGUACAUACAAAAUUGGCCUUAUAUUUUUUCUUUCUUAUUUCUUAAAAAAACAUGAACAAACGCACACAUAAACCCAAAGAGUACAUUUAAUCCCCUCCCCCACCUCAGCCUUUUGUAGUUCUGUUUCAACGCAGAAUCAACAGAAAAGAUGUUUAUAUAUUCUUCCCAUGAUAUUGACAUGGUUUUCGUUUUAUGUCGAUAAUAAAAAAAGCCCAAAACCCCCCGUAACCAGUGAAUAUAGCUUUUAA